CCCCAGCAAUCUCGUCCCUAGGAUUCGCUGCCCCGAUUCCCGUCGACCAGAGGCAGGCGUCCGCCACCACCCCCAUCGACGAGGGCUUAAAGGACAACCUGUCCAUGGAGAAGGGCGAACACCCUCUCCAGAAUGAGGAUACAGCUUUCCCAAUGCUUACGAAGGCCCAGCGCCGCAAAAGCUGGCUGCAGUUCGGCGCCCUCUGCAUGGCCAUAUACGUCGCAGGCUGGAACGACGGUACAACCGGACCUCUCAUUCCUCGGCUUCAGGAGGUCUACCAUGUCAGUUACGCCGUGGUAUCACUCAUCUUCAUCGCCAAUUCUAUCGGAUUUAUCUCCGGUGCUUCCGUAUACAUGUACCUCACAGACCGCUUCGGGUUUGGAAUGAUGAUGUUUGUAGCGUCGCUCAUCGUCGCCGUCGGGAACGCCCUCCAGGCAUCCGGCGCACCUUUUCCAGCGUUCGUCAUCGGCUUCCUGUUCGCAGGCUUCGGAGGCGCAUUCCUGGACGCGGGCUCCAACGGAUACCUCGCCAGCCUGUCCGAGGACACGUCCACCAAGAUGGGCAUCAUGCACGCCGUCUACGGGGUCGGCGCGAUGUGCGCUCCGCUGGUGUCCACGCAGUUCGCGAGCCUGCCCCGGUGGCAUCUCGUAUACCUCAUUCACAUCGGGCUCGUCGUCACGAACGGGAUCGUCCAGGCCUUCACGUUCAAGUUCAAGAGCACGGACGAGUGUCUGAAAGAAGUCGGUCAGCAGCCGCACGAGAAGACGGAGGACUCGCUGCAGGGCGUGAGCAAGUACAAGCAGGUCUUCCGCCUCCGCGCCGUGCACCUCAUGGCGUUCUUCCUGCUCACGUACGUCGGCGUCGAGGUAACCAUCGGCGGCUGGAUCGUCACGUUCGUCAUCAACGAGCGCCACGGGGGACACAGCUCCGGGUACAUCUCGUCCGGCUUCUGGGGCGGGCUGACCAUCGGCCGGCUUGCCCUGCUCCCGCUCAACAAGAAGCUCGGCGAAUGGCGCGUCAUAUUCCUCUACGUCCUCUUGAGCCUCGGGCUAGAGCUCAUUGUCUGGCUCGUCCCGUCGCUCGUCGGCGACGCCGUCGCCAUCUCCUUCGUCGGCUUCUUCCUCGGGCCCAUCUUCCCCAUCGUCAUGAACCACGCGGGCAGCGUCCUGCCCCCCGAGCUCAUCUCUGGCUCCAUCGGCUGGAUGGCCAGCUUCGGUUCCGCGGGCGCGGCGGUGUUCCCGUUCGUCACUGGCGCAAUCGCGUCGGGGACGAGCAUCAACAGCUUGCAGCCUCUGUUAAUCGCGAUGAUGGGGCUGUUGCUCGUCAUCUGGGCGUUCGUCCCGAGGCAUCGUAUCAAGUCCACCUGGGAUCACAGUGUAUGACGUCUCCUUUCUCUGCUUGGGUCUGCUGGGUUUGUCGCGGUUGCCGCAUCGCGUCAGGGUUUCACGAGUUUGUACGUUUGAUUGUCAUGCCAUUAACCUCAUCAUCUGCCUUGUCAGAAAGAGUCAAGCCGAAUCGUCUGCCGAGUGUCACAUACAUACAAAGCAUGUGGAAGGCGGGGACUAAGUACUACCACGAGCUCGUAUGUGGUUGGUGAUAUCGAUGCUGUCCUCUCGUAAGGUUAUUGCACGACUCGCACGAUUAGAGGAUCGUGAAUAGGGGCGCGAUGCGUAGUUGAGUACUAAAGCUUUGCCACAGGAGGCUUCCCUAGCGCCCCCUCUUCGCGAAGCGCUGCCAUGUCGUCACUGCUCAGCCCGAGUUCGGAUAGAAUCCGUUGUGUAUGAGCGCCUGGAGGGAGAUAGGACGAUUCUGCCCAGUUCGAAGAGGUCGGCGAUGGUGAGAGGACAGAAGGAGUCCUCGAGAGACCUGGGUGGGGAGGAGGGACCACAGCGUUUCGAGAUGGAGUCGAGGCUAUGGCUGCUGCUUCGCUUCUUUCGAGGACCGGAAGGACGCACGCGUCGGUGCCAUGGAACACGUUUGUCCAGUAGUCGCGAGGUUGCAAACUGAAGCCCCGCUCCAGGAACGUCUUCAAACGAGGCCAUAUAUCUCUGUCUUGUUGAUCCGCUUCCGACGGCCGCCAUCCACCUAUAGAAAAGUCUUUCGGCAGGGCCCCAAGGAAGCGCGUGAGAAAGGUUCGGAAGAACUGGGGCUCCAAGCACGCUACGGACACCCAUCGUCCGUCCGCGCAGGUGUAAACAUUGUAGAAGGGACAGCCGCCAUCCAGGAGACCACCUGCCCUAGUCUCUCCGAAUGUAGGCAGCUGGAGCUGCGAUAGCAGAAGCGGGUACGAAGCAAGAUAGCGUACUCCGGUGACCAUGUCUGUGUCCACAACUUGUCCAACACCGCUUCGAGUGCGUUCGAAGAGUGCCAACAGGAUACCAACCACGCACAUCAGCGCGCCCCCUGCAAAGUCAGCCAGGAGAUUGAGAGGGAACUCAGGUUUACCCUCCCCAGGGAACAUAGACAGGACGCCGCUUAUGGCGAGGUAGUUCAGGUCGUGGCCCGCCAUAUCCUUGUGCGGACCUGUCCGAGGGAACCCUACCAGCCGCGCGUACACCAGCUUCUCGUUCACACCUUUACUUUUCGUAGCCGGAUUUCCGAGAAAUACUUCCGGGCCCAGCUUGAGACGUUCCAUGACCCCCGGCCGGAAGGGGUCUAUCAGGACGUCCGCCCGUUCCACAAGCUCCCGGACGACGGCAUACCCGCUCCGAGUCUUGGGGUUGAUAGCGAUGGAUCGCUUCCCCCUGCCCAGGAUGUCUGUUGUAGGGACAGCACUGGCAGUGGGGCGGUCGAUACGGACAACGUCAGCACCGAAGUCGGCCAAGAUCAUCCCUGCCAUUGGUCCAGGCGCGAGUCCUGCGAACUCGACGACUUUGAU